CCCAAUAUUUCCAAUGGAAUCAAUACGCUUUUCAUUACACUUGCUGUAAUGUAUUUGGCAUACAUCUUUACAGAUAUGAUCAAUGAGCUCAGGAAAAACAAAACAGCUGUCAGCCAAAAACAGGCAACACUGUCUAUUGUAAGGUACAUCGUCCUGGUGCUUCUGUUUGUUCCCUUUUUUGUGUGGCAAGCUCGAUCCUUCUACUCAUCGUUCGCAUUUUUGAUAAUUUUCAGCCAGUCAUACUCAUUGUGCUAUUUGGAAGAGUACAUUUCCUCUAUGACAAAGUUCCAUGCUAAUAACAAGGUCUUUGUCGUUUCAUAUGCAAUUCUCGUCCUCAAGGGCAUUCAUUUUUCAUUUUCUGGCUCGGAGUACAUGAACACGCUUCUUCUUGCCAUUUCGUCAUUUCAUUUUGCCUUGAGAUCUGGCUCCAUUCUUAGAGACCUAUCGCACCAGCUUAGAGUGAAGCUUUUUACAAGUAAAUUUUGA